AGAGCGGCGGAGGCUUCGGGACCGCGGGCACCUGCAGGGCGCACCCGAACCGCGAGCGCCGCGGGGAGAUUGCUGUGAACGGGACACGGCGCGGAGGGAGCAGAAGGAUGGCAAGCAAGGCAGUGCUGAACGGGGCAGUGGUGAAUGGGGCAGCAGUGAAUGGGGCAGCGAUGAACGGUCACAGUGAGCACAGGAACGCUCCAGGAGCAAACUGCCGGGAUGCUCUGCCGGGUAAGCAGAAGGCAGCAGCUGGCAGGGAUGCAGCAGCAAUGCACCAUGAUGGUGCAGUUGGCAGGGAUGUGGCAGCAGUGCACCUUGGUGGAUCAUCCUUGGCAGCAGCUGUCAGGGAUGCAGCAGCAGUGGACAGCAGUGGUGCAGCUGGCAGCAUCGCUGGGGUGUAUGUGGAGGCUAUGAAGAAGAUGAUGAGCUUUUAUGAUGCCACCAGAGAGCACCUGCUGAGCCUGGAGCCGGCGCUGCUUCUCCUCGAGGCGCAGGCAGCCACGGGUGGCAUUGCUGAUGUGGGGCAGAAGUCACAUGUGUCCGUGGCAGAGGCUGUGCAGAGGGGGCUGGUGGGGCUGGAGCUGAAGGAGAGGCUGCUGGCUGCUGAGAGAGCAGCUGUUGGCUUCAUGGACCCCUACACGGAGGAGCUGAUCCCUCUGUUCCAGGCACUGCGGAAGGAGCUGCUCGGGAGGGAGCAGGGCCUGCGGCUGCUGGAGGCCCAGCUGGCAACCGGGGGCCUCAUCGACCUGGCCACAGGCAGGCGGCUCCAGGCAGAGGCUGCCUGUGAGAAGGGGCUCCUGGAUGAGGAGAUGGGGCAGCUCCUGUCUGAUGGCAGCGAGGAGAGCAAAGGGUUCCUCGACCCCAACAGCAUGGAGAGGGUCAGCUAUGCAGAGCUCAGGGAGCGAUGCAUGGUGGAUCCGGCCUCGGGGUUCCUCCUCCUGCCCCUGCAGCUCACAUUUGCGGGGCUGGGAGGGCGAGUGAGUGGCACAGAGCUGCGGGACGCCGGCAUCAUCAGCCCCGAUGUGCUCAGGGCUCUGCAGGAGGGGAAGGUGUCAGCCCGGGAGGUGGCAGAGGACGACGCAGUGCAGCGGUUUCUGCAUGGCACAAGGAGUGUGGCUGGCGUGGUUCUGGCCUCUGGGGAGCGGAGGAGCCUUUACCAGGCACUGCGGGAGCACCUCCUGCUGCCCGGUGCUGCGCUGGCGCUGCUGCAGGUGCAAGCCUCCACCGGCAGCCUCAUCGACCCCAUCCAGAACAGGAGCUUCUCCGUGGAUGAGGCCGUCAGGAGCGGCCUCGUCGGCCCCGAGCUGCAUGAGAAACUGUCUUCAGCAGAGAGGUCCAUCAGCGGCUACAGGGACCCCUGCACUGGGGAGAUGCUGUCCCUGUUCCAAGCCAUGAGCAAGGGUUUCAUCCCCAGGGACCACGGCCUCCACCUCCUGGAGGCUCAGAUGGCCACCGGAGGUGUCAUCGCUCCGGGCCGGCACCUCCGUGUCCCUGCCGAGACCGCGUGCCGCUGGGGGUACCUGGAUGAGAGCACCCGGCAGCUCCUCACCAAUCCCACUGAGGAAUGCAAAGGGUUCUUCCACCCCAGCUCUCAGGAGAAGCUGAGCUACGCAGAGCUGCUGGCGCAGUGCAUCACCGACCCCAGCACUGGGCUCCUGCUGCUGCCGCUCAGUGACGGAACCGAAGGAACGCGUCUCUUCCUCGACCGCAGCACCCAAAUGGCUCUGGAGAACACAAAGGUGCCCAUUGCUGUAGGCAAGUUCAAAGGAAAAUCGGUGUCUCUCUGGAAGCUCCUCUUCUCUGACUACAUCCAGAGCGAGCAAAGAGCCGCCCUCACCCAGCAGUACCUGGAGGGAGCGCUCUCCAUGCAGGAGAUGGCCAAGGCUGUCCGUACUGCUGUUGAGGAAAUGGCUUCUGCAGCCAACAUCACCUUUGAAGGGCUGAGGGGACGCGUGACUGCCGACCAGCUCCUGAGCUCCGAGAUCAUCAACAAGGAUCUGUUCAAGAAACUGAAGGAGGGGGAAACAUCAGCCAAGGAAGUAGUGGGCAUGGACACGGUCAGGAAGUACCUGGAAGGGACGGGGAGCAUUGCUGGGCUGCUGCUUCCUGAAUCCCAGGAGAAGAUCAGCAUCUACCAAGCUAAGAGGAAAGGGCUCUUGAGGCCAGGGACGUCGCUGAUCCUCCUGGAGGCACAGGCUGCCACCGGCUUUGUCAUUGACCCGGCAGCCAACAAACGUUACUCUGUGGAUGAGGCGUUAAGGGCAAACAUCAUUGGCCCCGACGUCUACGACAAGCUGCUGUCAGCAGAGAAAUGUGUCACCGGGUACCGAGACCCCUGCUCAGGGGACAAGAUCUCGCUCUUCCAGGCCAUGCAGAAGGAGCUGAUUGUCAGGGAGCACGGCAUCCGCCUGCUGGAGGCCCAGAUCGCCACCGGCGGCAUCAUCGACCCCGUGCACAGCCACCGCAUCCCUGUGGAGGUGGCCUACAAGCGCGGCUACCUGGACAAGAAGAUGACCAUCAUCCUGUCUGACCCCAGCGACGACACCAAGGGCUUCUUCGACCCCAACACGGAGGAGAACCUCACCUACCUGCAGCUGAAGGAGAAGUGCGUGACGGAGCCGGGCAGUGGUCUCUGCCUGCUCCCCCUGAACAGCAGGAGGCGGCAGUUUGUGGAUGCUGCCACCCGUGAGCUGUUCUGCAGCUCCUGGCUGCCCGUCCGCUUUGGGCGUCUGCGCGGAGAGAGGGUCUCUGUGUGGGAGCUGCUGACCUCUGAGUAUUUCAGUGAGGGGCGGCGCCGGGAGAUCUUCAACCACUACCGGCUGAAGAAGCUCAGCCUGGAGCAGAUCCGGGCCAUGCUGGAGGAGGAGAUGAAGAAGUGGGCCCCCAUCAAGUUCCCAGCCCUGAGGGGCAGUGUCAGUGCGUACCACCUGAUGGAGACAGGCAUCAUUGACAGGACCCUGCUGGAGGAGGUGCUGGAGGGGUCCGUCAGCCCUGAGGAAGUCCUGCGCAUGGACUCAGUCAGAAAGUACCUCUACGGCUCCGGCAGCAUUGGGGGCAUUGUGCUCCAGCCCUCAAACCAGAGGAUGAGCAUCUACGAGGCCAUGAAACAGAACAUCAUGGUACCCGGAGUAGCCCUACCACUCCUGGAGGCCCAGGCUGCCACGGGCUUCAUCAUUGACCCUGUGAACAACCAGAAGCUCCGUGUGGAUGAGGCCAUCAAGGAGGGCGUCAUUGGGCCGGAGGUGCACGAGAAGCUGCAGCAAGCAGAAGGGGCAGUGUCGGGGUACAAGGACCCCUUCACGGGCAGGAAGAUACCCCUCUUCCAGGCCAUGAAGAAGGGUCUGAUUGCGGACAAGCAGGCCAUGCAGCUGAUGGAGGUGCAGAUGGCGACCGGAGGCAUCAUCGACCCAACGUGCGGCCACCAUGUCCCCAUCGAGGCUGCCCAGAAGCGCGGGUGCCUGGAUGAGGACACAAGCAGAGCCCUUUCUGAGCCCAGAGACAGCAACAGAGCCUUUUGCAUCCCAGACAGCAAGGAGAACGUGAGCUACGCUGAGCUCAUCCAGCGUUGCCAGAAGGACGAGGUGUCUGGCUUCCAUCUGCUGCCUCUGCUGCAGACGGCCGCUCCUGCCUACACAGAUGAGCAAAUCCAGCAGCUCUUCCAGGAAACUAUGGUGAAGGAGAAAGGAGUCUCCCUCUGGGCGCUCAUCCACUCCGGCUACUUCACCGAAGAGCAGCGGAGGGGCUUUGUGGAGAGGUUCCGUGCAAAGGAAACGUCGCUGCAGCAGCUGAUUGCACUGGUGCUUGGGCUGGUCGGGGAGAUGGAAAUGAAAGCCCGCACCCACAUCAUGCUGGGGGGUCUGCAGGGCAGCGUCCCUGCCGUCUGGCUGCUGGAGGCCGGCAUCAUCACAGAGAAGAUGUUUGAAGAGCUGGCUCAGGGCAUCCGAACUCCUGAGGAGGUGGCUGAAGUGGGCAGCGUGAAGAGAUACCUGCAGGGCACGGGCAGCAUCGCUGGGGUGAUCGUAGAGGAGUCCAAAAAGAAAAUGAGUUUUUACGAUGCCAUGAAGAAUAACCUCCUCCUGCCUGGGGCUGCCCUGAAGCUGCUGGAAGCUCAGGCGGCCACAGGGUACCUCACUGACCCUGCCACGAGCCAUAGGUUUAGCGUGAGGGAUGCUGUGCGGGCGGGCGUUGUUGGCAAAGAGCUCACUGAGACGCUGCUCCGUGCAGAGAGGGCGGUGGUGGGCUACACAGACCCCUACACUGGGAGCCCCAUCUCCCUGUGCCAGGCAGUCAGGAAGGAGCUCGUUCCCAUGGCUGAUGCUGUGCCUUUGCUGGAGGCCCAGCUGGCCACUGGAGGGGUCAUCGAUCCCAUCCACCACCAUCACCUCCCACUCCAGGCUGCAUACAGGUACGGCUUCUUCGAUGAGGACUUGAACCAAAGCCUCGUGCAGCUGAAUGACAGCACCCAGAUCUUCUUCGAUCCAAACACAAAGGAAAACGUGACCUACCAGCAGCUGAAGGAUCGGUGCAUUUACGAGGCUGAGACGGGUCUCUGGCUCCUUCCUCUGUCCAAAAAUGCAAUGUUCUGUGUGGAUGACCAAACCAUGGAGGUGCUGAAAUCUGUGACUGUCUGUGUCAAUGUAGGGCGGUUCAAAGGACAGACAGUAUCUGUCUGGGACCUCCUCAACUCUGAGUACAUCACGGACAGCAAAAGGAGAGAGCUGGUGCAGAAAUACAAAGAUGAGAAUGCCGAAGCACUGCAAGAAAUCGUAACGAUUGUCACCACAAUUAUCACAGAAACCGAGGCACAAGGCAGGAAGUUUGCAUUCAAAGGUCUGCGGAAAAAGGUGUCUGCCAGUGAUCUCUUCCGGUCCCAGCUGAUAGACAAAAAAACCCUCGAUGAGCUCAACCAGGGGAAGAAAACGGUCCAAGAAGUCACCAAAAUGGACUCUGUUCGCAUAUACCUGGAGGGCAGCAAUUUCAUAGCGGGGGUCCUCAUCCAGCCAAGCAAUGAGAAGAUGAGCAUCUACCAGGCCAUGAGGAGAGGCAUCCUGAGGCCAGGCACGGCACUGGUGCUGCUGGAGGCACAGGCUGCCACUGGCUACAUCAUCGACCCAGAGAAAAACAAGAAAUUUUCAGUGGAGGAGGCGCUGAAGGCUGGACUCGUUGGAGUGGAGGUUUAUGAAAAGCUGCUCUCUGCAGAAAGAGCUGUGACGGGCUACGUUGACCCCUACACAAAAGCACCCAUGUCCCUCUUUGAAGCCAUGAACCAAGGGCUGAUAGUGAAGAGCCAUGGCGUCCGCCUGCUGGAGGCCCAGAUCGCCACCGGCGGCAUCAUCGACCCCGUGCACAGCCACCGCAUCCCCGUGGAGGUGGCCUACAAGCGUGGAUACUUCAAUGAGGAAAUGAACCGCGUCCUGUCUGACCCCAGCGAUGACACCAAGGGCUUCUUCGACCCCAACACGCACGAAAACCUCACCUACAUGCAGCUCCUGGAGAGGUGUGUUCAGGAUGCAGAGACGGGGUUGUACAUGCUACAGGUUGUGCAGGAAGGGGGAAAAUACUUCUACGUUGAUGAGCUGACAAGGCAGAUUCUGCAGUCAAAGCCUCUUCGAGUGAAAGUUGGAAGAUUCAAGGACCAAACAAUGUCCAUCUGGGACAUUCUCUACUCUCAUUAUAUCUCUGAGCAGAAAAGGAAAGAACUAUUAAAGCAAUACAAAUGCAAGACUCUUACUCUCGAAGACCUUAUAGCUCUCAUCCUCAAAGUAAUUGAGGAUACAGAGCAAAAAGGAGAAGCCCUCAAGGUUAAAGGGCUGCGGGGAGAGGUGUCGGUGUCAGAGCUGUUCAACUCGGAGAUAAUUGACAAGAGGACUCUGGAGCAACUGCAGGAUGGGAGCCUGACACUUGCCAGCCUCACCAAGAAGGAUGCAGUCAGAACAUACCUGGACGGCACUGGGUGCAUCGCCGGAGUGCUACUGCCAUCAAGGAAAGAGAGGAUGAGCAUCUACCAGGCACUGGAGAGGGGGCUCCUCUCCGAGCAGUGUGCGCUGGGGCUGCUGGAGGCACAGGCUGCCACCGGCUUCCUCAUUGACCCAGUCACCAACCAGAAGCUCUCCGUGGACGAGGCCGUCUCAUCUGGGCUGGUGGGCAGGGAGCUGCAUGAGAAGCUGCUGUCUGCAGAGAGAGCUGUGACAGGAUACACAGAUCCCCAGGUAGGUGCUAAGAUCUCCCUUUUCCAGGCCAUAAGGAGUAAGGUAGCAGCCAAGGAGCAUGGCAUCCGUCUGCUGGAGGCACAGAUUGCCACUGGUGGGAUCAUUGACCCCGUGCACAGCCACCGCCUGCCUGUGGAGGUGGCCUACCGGCGUGGCCACCUGGAUGGGGACACGUUCCUCCUGCUUUCUGAUCCCGACCAUGGCAGCAAAGGAUUUAUAGACCCAAAUAUCCAUGAGAAAAGCAGCUACAGUCAGCUUCUGAAACGGUGUUCCAAAGACACAGACACAGGACUGUACCUGCUGCCAGUCCUGGAGAAAGAGGAGGACUAUUUCUACAUCGAUGAGCAUACAAAGAAAGCAUUGAUGUCAACAAAGGUAGAGGUGUCUGUUGGGAAAUACAAAGGGAGUGAAUUAUCACUGUGGGAACUUCUGUGCUCUGAGUACAUCACAGAAGAGAAAAGACAAGAACUUGUGAAAAAAUAUAAAGAGGAAUCCCACCACAUCAUACAGAGAAUCAUUGACAUAAUAUUAAACAUCAUCAAAGAGAAAGAGCAGAACAGAAGCGACGUUUGGUUCCAAGGCAUCAGACAACAAAUAACAGCGUCAGAACUUCUCAGUGCACAGAUAAUAACAGAAGAAACCAUGGAAAAACUCAAGGAAGGAAAAGAGACUGCAGAAGAAAUAGCACAGAAGGAGACUGUGAGACAAUACCUCGAGGGAACAGGCAGCAUCGCCGGUGUGCUGGUGCCCUCCAAGGCUGACCCUGACCAAAUGGAGAAGAUGAGCAUCUACCAGGCCAUGUGGAAGGGCAUCCUGAGGCCUGGGACAGCACUCGUGCUGCUGGAGGCACAGGCUGCCACUGGUUUCAUCAUCGACCCAGUAAAGAACCAGAAGCUCUCCGUGGACGAGGCCGUCUCCUCCGGGCUGGUGGGCAGCGAGCUGCAGAAGAAACUGGUCUGUGCAGAAAAAGCUGUGACGGGAUACAGCCACCCGAGCACAGGACAGAAGAUGUCCCUCUUCCAGGCCAUGCAGAAGGAGCUGAUCGUCAGGGAGCACGGCAUCCGCCUGCUGGAGGCCCAGAUCGCCACCGGCGGCAUCAUCGACCCCGUGCACAGCCACCGCCUGCCCGUCGAAGCCGCCUACCAGCGGGGCUACUUUGACCGCGAGAUGAGCCGCGUCCUGUCCGACCCCAGCGACGACACCAAGGGCUUCUUCGACCCCAACACGCACGAGAACCUCACCUACAUGCAGCUCCUGCGCCGCUGCGUGCCCGACCCGGACACGGGGCUGCUGAUGCUGCAGCUGAUGGACAAGGGCUCGGUGCUCUACCAGCUGAGCGAGGACGCCCGCAAAGCCCUGCAGACCGCCCGCACCAGCGUCAGCGCGGGGCUCUUCCACGGCCAGAGCGUCACCCUCUGGGAGCUCCUCUUCUCUCGCUACGUCCCCGAGCGCCGGCGCCAGGACCUCCUGCGCAAGUACAAGGCGGGCACGCUGAGCAUCUCCGAGAUGACCGCCCUUCUCACCAGCAUCGUCAGCGGGGCCGCGGGACGGGGCCGUGCCGCCUCCAGCCAGGAGACGACGCAGCAGGAGGCCCCGCCUCCGGCCCACAACGGCGAUGCCGGCAGCUCCCGGCAGGACGGCGAGCGCCACACGGCCGCGGCCGCGGCCAUGGAGCUGGAGCUGGAGCUGGAGCUGGAGCGGGCCCUGUCGUCGCGCAGCAUCGAGGUGCCGGGCGGCGACUUCCACGGCAGGAAGGUCUCCCUCUGGGAGCUCCUCUUCUCCAAGUACGUCUCCGAGGCCAAGAGGCACGAGCUGCUGGGGAAGGCCCGCGACGGCAGCCUGACGCUGGACGAGCUGGCCAGGCUGCUCGCCCUCCUGGUCCAGGAGGCGGUGGAGCGGAGCAGCAAGGUGACGUUCCGGGGCCUCAGGCGGCAGGUGACCGCCUCGGACCUGCUGGACUCGGGCAUCAUCGACAAGGACACGUUGGCCGAGCUGGUCCAGGGCUCCAAGACGGUGGAGCAGGUGACGCAGAUGGCCUCCGUCAAGCGCUACCUGGACGGCACGGGCUGCAUCGCCGGCGUGCUGGUGCCCUCCAAGGCCGACCCCGCCAAGACGGAGAAGAUGAGCAUCUACCAGGCCAUGUGGAAGGGCAUCCUGAGGCAGGGCACCGCCCUGGUGCUGCUGGAGGCGCAGGCUGCCACCGGCUUCCUCGUCGACCCGCUCACCAACCAGAAGCUCUCCGUGGACGAGGCCGUCUCCUCCGGGCUGGUGGGCAGCGAGCUGCACGAGAAGCUGCUGUCGGCCGAGAGGGCCGUCACGGGCUACACCGACCCCUACACCGGCGCCCAGAUGUCCCUCUUCCAGGCCAUGCAGAAGGAGCUGAUCGUCAGGGAGCACGGCAUCCGCCUGCUGGAGGCCCAGAUCGCCACCGGCGGCAUCAUCGACCCCGUGCACAGCCACCGCCUGCCCGUCGAAGCCGCCUACCAGCGGGGCUACUUUGACCGCGAGAUGAGCCGCGUCCUGUCCGACCCCAGCGACGACACCAAGGGCUUCUUCGACCCCAACACGCACGAGAACCUCACCUACAUGCAGCUCCUGCGCCGCUGCGUGCCCGACCCGGACACGGGGCUCUAUUUCCUCAAGAUUUUUCCUGAUUAAUUAUAAUUACUGUCUGUUUUUUUCUGUGUUUUUACCUUGGUGAACAAUUUUCAGGCUGUUACUACUUGUUUUGCUUCUUGCAUUUUUGUCUCCCUUAUUUUUUCUCACUGACUUACCUUGUUUUUCUUAUUCUACUGCGAGCACUUUCAGUAUUUCCUUCUUUGCUUUCAUUUUUUCAUAGUAUUCACACAUGAAAUAUGGUUUUGAAGUGACUCAGUGAUGCAUUACGUUAUACCAUCUAAUCCUUUUUCUUUUAUUACCUUCCUGGAAUUUAUGAAUCAGCCUGGCUUAUCUCCGGUCAUUUAUGUGCAAUAUGUUGUAUGCUUUCUUCUUAUAUGGGCAAAAAUCUCUUACAGUAUUAGCUGACAUGAGAGCUGAAUUUUUACUUCCCAUCUCAUGUAUAUUCUUUAUGCACUGAACAUGUUUGCACCAAUCGCCAUGGCACUGACACAGUUUUAGGUUUGCACAUCUGAAGCUUACAUGCAGACACAGCAUCGUGCUUAUGUUGGGUGCUCCUGGAGGGGCUUCCUGAGCUUGCUCUCACUGCCUCAGCCCAUCCUGUUUUCCCAGGGGUCUCUGGACCACUUCCUCUCUCAUCUGAGUGCUGGUUGUUCUCUCACUGCUUCAUACACUGCAAUCACUUGGUACUUACUUUCAUAGUAUCACCAUCACCGAGGUUGGUUCCCCUCCCUUCAGUUCUCUUGUUCUACAGAGUGCACCCGUAGAGUUGUUCCUUGGGAUCCUUGCAGGUGACAGGAGACAGCAGUGGGUGCUGUGCCGUACUGCUGGCCAGGGCUGUGCUGGUAGCAGUGAGCAGCAGGGAGCUGCAGGAGGGAGCUGUGCCUCUGCUGCUUCCUUCCCUCAUUUCUCAGCUCUGCUAUUCCCUGUGUUUCACUCACCUGUCCUCCUCCAGGUGCACACCAUGUGCAUGCUCCCAACUGGAGACAGCCCUGGGACCACUGUGCUGUACAGUUCUGGGCUGAAUAACUCUACUCCUGUUUAAUAAAAGGAAACUUACAAUCCUCAGAUGCACUGACUGUGGAUGUUUGUAAUUAACCCAGUUAUGUUCUGGAAAAGCAAGUUUUCACUGUUGUCUUUAGAGCUGACAGUAGAAAACAAAUGUAUGUGAGAUGUGGAAAUUAGCAAUGAACCUCAUCAGAGCACCAGGGAUGUGUGGGAGUCCCCAUUCCUGGAGGUGUCCCAGAGCUGUGCAGAUGUGGCAUGCAGG